AUGUCAGGAUGGAUGAGGCACCCAGCUACCCCUACCGACCUUGACUGUGCUACGCAACUUUCGCCGUACUCGCCCCUGGUUGGUCUUGUUGAGUACGAGGAUAUCAGGUUCCAAGGUGACCUGCAGGACGUGAACCCAUGGAAAGGAAAACCGAACCCUGCUCUGGAUGAGGCAUGGGAGAAUAUUACACAUAUGUGGAAUAUCCAAGUCUCCGGUGAUGACAUGCUUCGCAUGAAGAAGCCACUGAAUCAAGUCAAAGCUCCUCCACAUCUCGGCGAUGGUUAUGUUGGUGGAAUUGAAGUUUUUCACCAGCUUCAUUGCCUCAAUCUCAUUCGUCAGUACACUUAUUAUGACUACUACAUGCAGCCUGAGAAUGAGCCACUCUCAUUUCAGACCUCUCCAGGGAGACUCCGCGCACACAUUGAUCAUUGCAUAGAUAUAUUAAGGCAGGUGAUCCAAUGUAAUGGUGAUGCUGGAGUCGUAACAGGAAGUUGGGUAAAGGGCUACAGUAGACCACAGGUUGACUUUAGCACCUGGCACAAGUGUCGUAAGCUUCAGCCUUUUAUCGAUUAUCAGGAAAAGGCUGUGCUGGACUAUGAGCCCGUGAAGCCCCUGGAUGCUUUCGAGCUUGAUGAUAGGCCGUGCAAGCAUGUCCCCAUGGACCAAAUAUGUCCCUAG